CCCUUGCUCACUCGCAACGCGCUGAACUCGUUCGCGGACUCGACUCAUCGUCGAAUUACAGUGAGAAAGGCCAGUGACCCAUCUUCGUAUAUCGAUCCGCCGAGCUCCGCUUUAGCUUCUUUUCUUCUCUCCAAAGCAACGAAGAAAGAGAGGGGAACCAAAAAAAAAUCCUCACUUUUCCCGCGUCUUUUUCUUUUCUUGUGUCUGAUUCUCAGGAAUCUCUCUCUCUCUCUCUCUCCGCCUUCCUUUCUUUUUCAACUGAGGUCUCUCCUCGUCCACCAUCUUUAAUCUUCUGGUUCUGUUUUUCCUUUUGGGUCGUUUUGUUUUUGUUUUAUUCUGUGCCCCCCAGAGAUUUUUCUUUGGUUCUUUUUUUUUUAUUAUGCUUUGAUUUGCAAUUUGAGUGUUGCUUUACUGUAAUCCUUACUAUUUAACUUUCUUGCUCAGACUCCUCUUGAUCAUAUCUCUCCCUCUCUCUCUCUCUCUCUCUAGAUUCUGUUGGAUUCAGAAAAAUUUGAUCUUAGUGAUAAUCUUUUGAACUGGAAUUUGAAUUUUUGAAUUCUGAAGAUCAAGAAUAAAGGGAGAUUCUUGUUUCCAGUAAGCGACCUUUGUGGUGACUUCUUUAUAAGCUGUGGGAACCCUCAAAAUCUCUGCAUUCUCUCGGCUGAAUCCCCCAAAAUCUUAUCUUUGGGGGGGAGAGGAGUUUCGACUGGUAUCACGACUGGUGGCAAUGGAGACUCUAUACCCACCAUCCUGUAUUUCCAAUUCCACUUGGUUCAGCACCCGCUGGACUAAAGAAGAGAACAAGAGGUUCGAGAGCGCGCUCGCGAUACACGAUAAGGACACGCCGGACCGGUGGUUUAAGAUCGCUGCGAUUGUCGGGAAGUCGGUUCUGGAUGUGGAGACCAAGUACAGGGAGUUAGAGGAGGAUGUGUGCGAAAUCGAAGCGGGUCGGGACCCGAUUCACGGGUACUUGUGCUCGACUUUCGCGCUGGAGUCCAUCGAUGGAACAGAUUUCGUUGCGUGUAGGAAGAAAUCCUCGGCUGGCCGCGGAGCCGAUCACGAAAGAAAGAAGGGAGUGCCUUGGACCCAGGAGGAGCACAGGCGGUUUCUGAUGGGGCUCCUUAAGUACGGCAAAGGGGAUUGGAGAAACAUCUCGCGCAAGUUUGUGGUGUCAAAGACGCCCACUCAAGUCGCAAGCCAUGCUCAGAAGUACUUCAUGAGACAGCUUUCUGGUGUGAAAGACAAGAGGCGACCAAGUAUACAUGACAUAACUACAGUUAAUCUCACCGACCCGGCUUCAUCUUCCGAAAAUAAUAGGGCUCCCUCUUUGGAUCAGCCCAAUGUGCUUUCCUCGCAACAGAAGCUCAUCAGCACACCAGAGCUGGCCCUUGACCAUAGUCUCUCUAACUAUGGAGGAUUUAUGUUUUUUGACUCGAGCCAUGGGCAUCUAUUGAUGCCAGAUGCGUAUGGGUUUGGUCUGAAUGGAAUGAGAUUGCAGGAAAAGCAUAAUCCGGACGGUGUUUACCCAAGUACAGGAUUCCGCAGUUCAUUGAUUGGAAUUCACUCUUCAAGACACCAAAUUCAGGGAUGACAGGGUCGAAUGUGAUGACUAGUGACCUUGUGUACAUUCAGUAGCUUGAUGCUCCUGUGAUAUUAUGCACUCAUGAUUUAAAAGAACAAAAAAUGUUGGUGAAGUAUGUCUCUCUGGGUUUGUAACUGUGGAAUAAAAGAGAGAUUUGACUUAA